CGGAGCUGGGGCUGGAGGGGCGGGAGAGUCCAGAGCAGAGGCGCGCUGGAUGGCAGGGGCAAUCUGGAGCUCCCGGGUGUCAGACGGGAUUAUCCAGCCAGGCUGAUUCCACAGAGUCAUGAUGGAGGAAAGGUUGCUCCUCCGUGGAAUUCUCUUUUUCCUGUUACUUAAUGUCGUCUGUCAGGCUCAGGAUCUUCCACAGAGCCAUGCAACCCCAGGGAUGAGUUCCCUCUGUGAAAAAGAUGCUGGGUCCUGGAGAUCUGUAUUCAGUGAAGAACGCCUGGAUGCCUGGAUCUGUUCUCUGAUUGGCUCUUUUAUGGUGGGAUUGAGUGGGGUUCUUCCUCUACUGUUCGUUCCUCUCGAGGUGGGAGCAGCAUUGAAAUCAGAAGAGGGAUCGCAUCGAAUGAAGCAGCUGUUGAGCUUUGCUGUUGGUGGGCUUCUGGGUAAUGUGUUUCUCCAUCUGCUUCCAGAAGCCUGGGCUUACACUUGUAGUGCUGCUGCAGGAGAAGGGCAGAGCUUCCAACAGCAGAAGCUUCUGGGGCUCUGGGUGAUCAUUGGCUUACUGACCUUCCUGAGUGUGCAGAAGAUGUUCCCAGAUAGUGAAAAACAAGGAAGCACCAACUUGAUUAAUAAUUGCAAACCAGUUACUGAAAGAAACCUGAAUGGCAGCAGCUUAUCUAUGCAAGAUACGAACACUCCAGUCCAAAGAAAGAAGUCCAGCCCUGCUCAUUGUAAUGGGUCUUCUCAUUUACUCUCAUCUUCAACUCAGAAAAUCAAGAUGAGUGGAUAUCUCAAUCUCUUGGCUAAUACAAUAGAUAAUUUCACACAUGGCUUGGCAGUGGCAGCUAGCUUCCUGGUUAGCAGAAAGGUUGGACUCCUUACAACCCUGGCAAUUCUUCUACAUGAAAUACCCCACGAGGUGGGUGAUUUUGUCAUUCUCCUCCGGGCUGGAUUUGAUCGCUGGAGUGCAGCCAAGCUACAACUCUCUACAGCUCUUGGGGGCAUCCUGGGUGCCUGCUUUGCCAUCUGUACUCAGUCACCAAAAGGGACAGGGGAAACCAUCGCUUGGAUUCUCCCUUUCACCUCUGGAGGAUUCCUGUACAUUGCUUUGGUAAAUGUGGUGCCUGAUCUCUUAGAGGAGAAGAAUGUUUGGAACUCCGUGCAACAAGUCCUCUGCCUUUGCGCCGGCAUCGUUGUCAUGGUGCUUUUCUCCUUCACUACCAACUGAGGGGCUCCGGCUUCUUUUCUGCUGUUUCACAAAGCUGCCUCCCCUCUGAAGUGUUACAAAGGAGUCAGGGACACCUUGCGUGCCUGCGGAUCUGACUGCUGCUCAGGGGCGGUGAACAAAGGAAGCAAAGUCUUUUCUUCCUCUUCUUCUUCUUAAAUGGCACAAAGCUAGACAUCCAAAAUUUUUGAGAAAAGAUGAGGUGUUUUUUUUAAAAGAAGUGUCAGGGUGUCUUUUUUUAAAAUAAUAAUAAUAAUUUAAAGGGGGGGGGGAACCAGCAGUGGAAGGGAAGGACCUCUUUGGGUGGAACGGAUGGUAGUGUGCCUGUUAGACCAGUCUGUGUGCUGGGAUCACUUGGACAAAACUCCAGAGUGAAACAGAAAGCAAGAUCACAGCCCUGCAUUGCAUGCAGGCAAAACAUACGUAUGUGUGUCUGUUUCUCUCCUGGCCUCAAGUACGUCACCAGCAGCAAAAUGCUUGGUUGUGAUUUGACAUACAUUGGAAUCUUACGUUUCCCCAUCUAGCUCAGUAUUUCUGGACUGCUGGAGACUUUUCACUGUUUCAGCUAGAGAGUUUUUUCCAGUUCUUUUCCUCUUUGAAACCCUUUUAAAAAUGGAGACAGGAGGGACUGAAGCGUGUUUCCUACUGCUUUGAGGUCUUCCCUUCCCAUAAAAGCAUCUUUGCACUUUUUUCUGAGAUAGACAAUCUCAUUCCCUCUACCUGUAUGGGAUUCCAGCUUCUAUUUCUCCCAGCCAGCAUGGCCAUUAGCAAGGGACUUGGUUUGGCGAUCCAAAACAUCUGAAGGGGCAUCCAGGUUUCCUAACCUGGUUCUAGAAUGGAUGAUUUCUUACUUCUAAAGGUGGGUAACCUGAAAAUCUGACUGGAUUCAGCUGAGCCCUUCUUAGGCUUCUUCAAUACGUUGUUAUUAUGAAAUCAGGAAUUACAUUGGAAAUGCCUACAUGGAUUAUUUAAUAACCCUAUUUCUAGCCGUCACUUUUUUCUCAAAACUAGAAUAUUACCAGUAAUGGGGGACGAUGGAGCUCAACUCCAAAAACUUCUCAGGCCCCACAACUAGAAGAUACAACCUAAGAAGGCCAACAAUAUCCUUCUUCCAAAUCUAGCACUCAAUGAAAAAGGUUUUCAUUUAUUCUGGCUAUGAGGUAGCUUAAAAGUAGCAGGAUUAGUCUUGUUCUGCAGCUUUUUGGCUGCAGCUUCUUUUUUUUGACUCAUUUGUCAACUAUUUAAAAGGUAAGACAGACCUACCUUCUCCUACAGUGGAUAAGAAAGAACUUGAUAGGAAACACCCAUG